AUGCACCAAGCAGGAGCGUCAGCCAAUACUGCCAGUUACCUGGCUCACUGCCAUUCUGUAAAUAAGAAACCAUCAGUGGAGCCUAGAGAGGUACCAGUGGCAAAGUCCCUCCUUAGCAAGACCAGCCGCCAGGCAUUGGCCCCCAACAGUAGCCAGCUGGCCCCUGCAGGCUGCAAUGUGCUGGGCUCACGGGAAUCUGGCAGUGCAGAGAGCCAUGCUGACCUGUGUUUGAAAGUGGAAAGAAAUGUCAAUAAGGCCGAGUCUUUCAAGGCUCUCGACCUCAAGGCUGAGUCGUGCUUUGCGCCUGGUGUACGGCCGAGCCGGCUGGGACUGUCAACCAGUUGGAGUGCCCUGUCUCAAGAGCCCUCGGUCACAGCCUCUGGCGAAGACUGCUCAGGAGCUCCAAAGGAUGACCUAGUACCGGAGGACGAUUCUCCCAUACAGAGUUUUCGCUGCUCCAAGCAAUCUCCCCCCGUCAGCUUGGACGAGAACUUCCUUCUAGUACCGGACAUCAAUGUUGGGACCAACGAUUCUGAUGACGACAUCGAAGGAAUGUUCCCAGAGCCCACUGAGGAGCCCCAGUGGGCGGUGCUGGGCGACCUGUGCCUGGGCGAUGGGGAGCUGGGCAUGCUGCGAGAUGUGUUUGGGCGCUCAUGGAAGGCGUCUGCCCCGUCAGCCACACCUCCCAGGUCCCCGUCUCCCUUGCUGGCUACUUUACCAGAGUCUUUCCUGGACUUUGAGAACAGCGACCUGCCUGCUUUUAUCAGCGAAGCUUUGGAGUAUGUUCCUUUGGAAUAAUGCUACCCUUCGCGGACCAAUUCAGGACCAUCGGCGUAAAGCUGAACACAAGUUUACCUCCUCACUUCUCCCACAAGCUGUACCGAAUAAAAUAUUGCUUAAAAUAAA